AUGGCGAGACUGUUUCUCAUUCUCUUGGCUUUCUUGGAAGCCUUCGCUUUCGGGUUGUCGCUUGCUAGUCCAGAGUCUCGAGGCCAGCUCCAUUAUGUUCGCCGUUUCGAGAACACCACCACCAACACCACCUGGGGCCAAGGAGUGCAGACCACAUGCCAAAUUGGAGUCAGCUCUUGCAGCAGGGUCAAUAUCAUUAUCUGGCCCAACACCACUGGCCUACACGCAGACGGCUGUAAACAUCUCGUCAACCACGAUUGUUACGACACCCGCAUCGAGGCUGGGAACAGGAACCACCCCUGGUAUCACCAGCGUUGGAAAGACCACUGCCAAAGUCACGACAACAGUUGUAGAGAUUCAAACUGUGGUUUCGUCGGUAUCAUUCGGGACGACCAUAGUGAGAGAUCCGUUGUCGACCUCGGUGUCCGUUCCACCAGUGAACUCUUUGGUGCCGACCGUACUGCCGACUGUACCGCCGACUGUGCUGCCGUCAUCAACACCACAGCCCACUACUUCUCAGGCUCCCUUUUCGUUAUCUUCAUCAGAAGAGACAGACCUCCCAGCAUUCAGCCAGGCUUGGGAACCGUUAGUUCCUCGAGUACCAGUCUGUCGAAGACCAGCCUGUCGAACACCAAGCUGUCGAGUACCAGGUCAAGUACCAGUCUGUCGACUGCUUCUCCGGUCUCAACAGCCUCUUCUAAGUCAACUGAUCCGCCUCCCGAGACCUUGACUGUUCUGCCAACGGGGGCAAGCUUUCAAACUCUCACAGGCGCUACGUACACAUCCCCAAGGUACAUCACGACUACUUCUCCGGGUAGUGACGAUCCCACGAUCGUUCCAAUCAUCAUUCCUUUUGUUGGCCCCCCGCAGAUCUGUUUUGGAUGUAUAAUCAAGUUCCCGCCCAACAUCAAGAUCGACAUCCCGGAAUUUUGCAUCCAGCUGCUUGGGCUCAAAAUCGGCAAUUGUCCGCCCAAGAGGAACAAAGAUGGGAAAGACGAUGGGAAAGAUGACGACAAGAACGACGACGAGGACGAUGAUGACAAGUCGAAAUCCAAGACUCGGACCAAGACACAUUUAUCGACAGCCACCACAACAUCAUCUUCGUGCACUGCCACCGUCACUGCCACUCAAAAGAGCGUAUUUUGCUCUGUGACGCUAGGAAACACUGCCGAUGCAGAGUGCUAUACCAGCGUCUACACCACCGUUAAGGAAUGUAGUGUCCUCGCUUCAGCAACGACAGCAACAUCAACGUAUACGUCGAUGCCAUCGGCAAUUCUAUGUGGCCCCGACAGUUGCGGAGGCCGAUCUUGCGCUAUAAAAGAUAUCAAGAGAUCUGAGGACUCUGCCGCUCAAGACCUUGUGAGACGAGGCGAUCCCAGUCUCGGCAAGUGGCCUGACCCGAGUGAUCACGAAAACCACGAAGGCUUCAUAGUCAGCCAGAUCGACGCGAUCGCCGAGGACACCGCGAAGAAGGAAAGAUACACCCCGAAGCUCGUCGAACAUGGCCCCAACGACGGCCCCAGCGCGAACUGGACGACAUUCAAGGACAACGUCGAGGCGAUCGGGCUCGAGGGGCUGUACGGGUGUACUUCCAUCGUCAUCGUCUCCCGCAAGGGCGCGUGGAUAAGCCAUAUCUGGCAGACGACCAUGGACCCCGAGGAAGAGGACAAGGCCGAGGAUGACUCUUCCAUGGACCCCUUCGAGCACUUGAUCGAAGUAGAACUCCCUUACAGAAUUCCGCCCGACAUGGAGUAUUACAAGUUCUACGAAUAUGGCCUGGAGGACAUGAAGGACCACCCGGAAGAUGGCGACGCCGGCGUUAUGUUCGGCAACAGCAAGGACGGCGCCACCGACACGCCGCAAAGCCUAAACAUGAAGGCAUUCAUCGUCACGCCACGUAAAUGGACGUAUCCGGAGGUGUACUAUGACGCCAGGGGCCGAAUGAUACCUCACCAGGUUCUGGCGCACGUCGACUUCCGCAAGGGCACCAUCAGGUACCCGGACCAGGUCAGGGCUCUGCAGACGGCCGUCACGGACGUGUACGGCGAUAUACCCGUGGAGGUGAUCGACUACAACCCGACGAUCGUGAGGCCGGAGAACUGGGCGGCUUUCCAAUGGACGGGGAAGCUGAUCGUCAAUGGAGAGUUGAUGCCGAUUCCAGAGUACCACGGGAGGCUGUCCCGCGGCAACGUCAGGGGCAAGAUCCUCCUGCAGUACCAGCCCGCGGCGACUUGCCAGGACGAGGCCGAGUGGCGGCUCUGGGUGGAGGGACAGCCGGCGGGUGAUCGGUUGGACAAGUGGCCGCCGCUGGCGGGGCAGAUCUUCCUUUCCUUGUCCGAGCCGGGCAAGCCGGACCCGUCAGACGAGAAGGACCCGGCAGACAAGAGCCCGUCCGACGAGAAGGAUCCAUCUGAUAAGAGUCCGUCGGACAAGAAGGUUGAACGCAGGCAGGUUUGCGAGCUUCCCAAUAAGAGUAAGAAUCCGAUCUUGGCCACUCCCACGUCUGUCGGAGUGUCUGUCUCGCCUCCCGUGUCUCAAGGCGGCUCUAGUACACGAGCAGGCAUCGAAGUUACUUUGUCGAGGAACGGCUCAGUGGCCUCGCAAACCCUCACGUCGGUGGGCUCAGGGUUUCUACCGACGUCGACCCUAGUACCAGGGGGGCCGUACGAACACAAUUCUUCGUCCUUAGUAACGACUUGGAUGACUGGCGUGCCAUCAUCGAUGUUGAAUACUUUUACUCUCAUGGUACCGACUACAUCUCCGAUCUUGCCAGAACAUUACGUUCUCUUCCUCCCCCUCCUCUUCCUUGCAAGCCAACACAUCGGUCAUCACAACAAUCUCGUCCACAAGCCUAGGAAACACCGUUACAAAGAACAUUACGUUCUCUUCCUCUUCUUCCUCUUCUUCCUCUUCCUACUCCGCUUCUUAUUCCUCGUCUUCGUUGCAAACCAACACACCGGUAAUCACAAUCACCUCGUCAACAAGCCUGGUAAACACUAUGUCGAAGAGCACUGCGUUGUCUUCCUCCCAUUUCUCUUCCUCCUUCUACUCUUCCUUGCAAACCAAAACAUUGGUCAACACAAUAACCUCGUCAACAGGCCUGGUAAACACGGUGUCGAAGAGCACUACGUUCUCCUUUCCUCCCCCCUCUCCCUCCUCGCAAACCACCACAUUGGUCAUCACAAAAACGUCAUCAAGUUCAAUCUUCUUCACACGAGGACCAUGCCGACUAUGCCCACCAUCGUGACACAGACGACAACUUCAAAACCGGCCACGACAUCAUCGAAAGACACCCUCGUCGUCAUACCAAUCAAAGACAAGCCAAUCACCAGCCAGAAGCCGGUCCCAGCCUCCUCUGAGGCCGUCGCCAUCUUCUACACUGAGACGCUCUCGGCCGACGACGACGACGGCAAGAAGCUCUUACGUGAAGGCGCGUGGUACAUGUUCCCCGUCAUGGCGGCCAAUGCCGCCAACUUCAACCCGUGCAACCAGUACCCGAUGGGCCACCUGCAACUCCACGAGCCCCUGAAUAUCAACAGCGUGCCCUGGCCCCCGCCGCUCGACGGAGAGAAGCCCUUCUUCGACCACCGCAAGUGCAAAUACAAGGGCGGGAACGGGCCUCGGGGAUUCGGCAAGAUGUCGUGCGACGACGUGCCCGAGUUUGAUUGCGAGAGACACCCGCGCGCGAAGGAGCUGCUCGAGUGCGGGCCGCACCCCAGGGCGGAGCAGAAUUUCAAGCCUCGCAUCGUGUGCAAAUUCCCGGUGCUGGAGCCAGCGGGGCGCACGCAGAACAUGAAGGACGCCAUCGGCCAACCUUCUUGA